AUGGCGUCGAAGGCGGUGUGUCCGGCGCUCGCGUACCUCGUGGUCUACGUCGAGGACGUGCUGAAGUCGGCCGAGUUCUACGCCGCCGCUUUCGGUUACUGCGUCCGCCGCGUCGAAGACUCUCGCAAGUGGGCGGAGCUGGACACCGGGUCGACCACCAUUGCCUUCACACCGCUGCACCAGAGGGAGACGGACGCGCUCACCGGCGAGGUGCAGCUGCCCAAGUCGCCCCGCGAGCGUGGCCCCGUGGAGAUCUGCUUCGACUACGCCGACGUGGACGCGGCGUACCGGAGGGCGGUGGAGAACGGGGCGGUGCCGGUGAGCGCGCCGGAGCAGAAGAAGUGGGGGCAGAAGGUCGGCUAUGUCAGGGAUGUUGACGGAAUCAUCGUGCGCAUGGGAAGCCACGUCCGCGAGUAG